UAAAACUUAACCUAAGAUUCUUACUUAAAUGGAUUUCUUCAUUUUAAUUUCUUGAUUAAUCAAAUUCAAAUAAAUAAAUAAACAUCCUAAUUUAAUAACAAACUGCUGAGCCGAGAUGGAUUUUUUAGUGGAAUUAGUACUCCUUGGAGUAGACUCUAUAAUUUUAAUAACCUGCAUUAAGCAAUAUUAUCACAAAAAGAAUGCGAUUUCUAGGAUAUUGUCCGCACCUACUCUAGCCAUAGAUAGCAACCUAAAAGAGAUCAUACGAAGCCAUCCAGAAUCGAAAUUACCUUUGAUAGCAAUCAGGGGUGCAGUAAAGCCCCUAGGAAACCCAAUCUCUAGCAACAACAGCCCAAAUGUAUCUGGUGUUAUUCAAUCUCUCCAAAUUAAAGAACACGUGGUGCAAAGGAGUGCUGCGGGAUUCUGGGCAGAUUCUGAAUGGACUAUCCAGGAUGUAUGUAAUGUUACACCUUUCGGAUUGGAAUCUAAAGGAAUAGUAGUGGAAGUCGCAGAUCCACUUGUAUCUGAAUAUUUAGAUAUGGAUGUAAUAUCUGAUACAUUUCGCCCCACUGUUCCAAGUAUGAUGGACCAUAUUUGGGGCUUUUUCACUGGGUUCAGACAAAGAGGAGUGCAAUCUACUGAGAAAAUGCUGAGAUGUGGUACUGUUGUGACAGGUAUAGGCGAAUUGAUAUAUGAACGAGAUGGGACACUCAAAUUACAGCCUCCCACCACUGGGGGCUCCUAUUAUUUGACAACUUUGCCUGUAGAUACUCUUCUUAAAAAAAUUAAAAUUUCAAAAAGAAAUUAUGGAGUUAUGAUUUUAAUUUUUGGCACACUCGGUGCGGUAGUGGCCGGAAUUGUUAUACGGAAAUAUUGGAAACAGAAAAAACAAUUGAAAGAUGCUGAAGAAAGAAAAGUUAUCAGAGAGCAAUCUAGGAAAAAUAGACGACGGUUGAUUAGAGAUUCAAAAGACUUGUCAGAUAAUAAAGUUUGUGUUGUUUGUAGGUCAAAUCCGAUUGAAAUAAUUCUAUUACCUUGUGGUCACGUAUGUUUAUGUGAAGAUUGUGCCGACGAUAUAACCAGUAGUUGUCCUGUUUGCCGAGCUACAAUUGAAAUGAAAUCAGCAGCUUAUGUUGUAUAAUAUACAAGUAUUGCAUGUCUAUUUUAUUUGUUAUAGUUUCUAUAAAAAGUGAUUUUUUUUUUGACUGAAAAAUUGAAGCAUGGCAAUGUUAUUAUUUCAUGGUAGGAGUCCCAAAAAUCAAUCUGCAACAAAUAUAAUAUAGCGAAAAAUAAUGAGGCAAGAAGUUGCCUUUUUAGAUAGGGAAUGUAUUGAUCAUAAACUAUCGUAAGCAUGUAUUUUCUACAUUUCAAUUUCAUAAAAGUAAAAGAAAAAGGGUUAAUAUUUUCAAAGUUGGAGAAAUGAAAAGAUGCAACUUUUCUAAAAAUCAUAGAAAAAACAGAGUGUUCCCCAGAAUGGGUGAGCUGAGGUGUGACUUAACAAGGCAGAAUAUACAUUACAGGCAACCUCCUCUCCAUCAAGUUUGCGAAAGGUGGCACACACACAGAAACAAUAGAAAUCGAUUCUUUGAUUUUAUUAUCACUCUAUUCUAUAAUAUACUACUUCUGCUGUAUUAAAAUACUUGUGUUACAAAGCUUAUCAUAUUAAGCUUUUUUGCUCGUGCUACUUUUUUUUUGAAACUUAUUAAUCUGAUUAUCUAGUGUUGUACAUUAACAUUAUGUAAGUAUAGGUAGCCUUGAGAAUCUAAAAAAAAAAUUAAAAAUUUCGAUGCCGUAACAUAAUACACUAUUAUAUGAUAUAAUUCUUUUUAUUGUUGGUAUACUUACUGCAAUCAUAGAAUCCAGCGACAUAUCACUAAAUGGUCCAAUAGUGUACGAAAGAGGUAUUUGUGCCCUGGCUAUGAAUAUUUGCAUCAUAAAUUUCACUUUAGGUGACUGAUCGUACCAGUUGCUUUUAUAAAUAGAAAUUGCCAAUUCUUGACUCUGAAAUUUCCAGUGUUUCAAUUCUGCAAAUCUAAUUUUUAUCGCUUACCAAGACGAUAACUUCGUUUGCAUAGUAAUAAUAUAAAAAUAACCUGACAAUCAAACUUAUGAAGCCAUCUGCCACGAACAACAUUAUCGCAGGAGAAAAAUCAUUCUAAAAUGAUUGUCUUAAGAAAUAAUUAAUAUGAAAUUUGAAAAAUUUUGUAUUUACCGCUACUGUUUGAAUACACAUUGCAGCUAUUUCUAGAGAGAAAUGAAAAAAUUCAAGAACCAUCAAACCACUCAUAGUUUCAUUGAAAUGUUUAACAUACCUAAAAUGAAUAUAUGAACAAAAAGAAUAAUAAAUUCAUUUUACUUACAUGAUUAUAUUUUUGUGUUUUACGAUAUUAUCAAGGCAUAGAAAGUAAGCGGCUUUAUUUUCGUCAGCCAUAUUGUGUAGUUUUUUGUAUUUUUGUUUGUAAGUCUCAAAAUGUUUUAAAAGAUAAUUUAAAAUCUUCAGCUGGCCCACAGGAUAGGCGAUUAAUGUAAAAAUUAAAAUAUCAGUGUAACCCAGAAAUGAGAUUGCGAUUGUUCCGUCUAUCAUAUGUCUUAAAUAUGCUAUCUGAAAAUUGUUACUAAGCCUCAGAGUUCUCUUAUGCUACAUUUGAUUAACUUACAAUAUAGUAUUUCUGAUCAUCAAAUGGAGACCAUAAAGACAAAGGUAAUGGUUUAACUAUUAUAGUUUUAUUUCCCAACACCUGCUGACUAGGGCCAUGUAUGAGCGGAUUUGUAACAUAUUGAAAAAUAACGCC